CCAACGCACAUCGAUCUGACACGGAGAUGCCCUGAAAUCUCCCGGCUGCUGGCUCCAGGUGUAGCGGGUUGCAGUGAUUCAGAUUCCACCACUAGAGUUCUCCCUGUGGCUCCGCUCGGCUCCGUCUGCCCCGUGUUUACCUCUCAGCCAAGCUGGACACAGACCUUCACCAACAGACCCCAGUAGCUCGAAAAUUACUGAUGUAAGCUGACUCGAGUCCAAUCCUCAACGGAUUUUCUGCAGCGCUUUGUGCUUGUGACACGGAGGCGGAGUUGUCAUGAAUAAGGAAAUCAUGUCACGUGUGGUGAAGAAGAGGCAGGCGGACCCAAAGGUCGUCCAGUAUGUCUGGGAGGCCAUCGAGGUCAUACGCAACCAGAAACAAAUCGCAAACAUGGACAGGAUCUCAAAGUACCUGAGCCGUGUGUUUGGCAUGCAUCCGAAGGAAACCGCCAGACAGUUGAGCCUGGCUGUGAAGGACGGCCUGGUGGUGGAGACCCUGACCGUUGGCUGCAAGGGCUCCAAGGCCGGCAUCGAGCAAGAGGGAUACUGGCUGCCUGGGGAUGAGAUGGAUCCAAAAGCCGAGGGAAGCAAGGUUAGUAAUCACUCAGCGGACAGACCAGAGUUUGAAUGUGAGCAGCACUCUGAAGCAGGGCCUAGAUGGAGGCCAGUUCUCCCACCGCAGGACUGGGAGACGGAGAGCCACGACUGGUACUGCUUCGAGUGUCACCUACCGGGUGACGUCCUAACAUGUGACAACUGCUUCCGAGUCUAUCAUCUCAAGUGUCUGUCGGACGAGUGCAAGCCCAGAGACGGAGGAUCUCCCUGGCAGUGCGUCGUCUGCAGGGGAAGUAAAAAGAAGAACUUAAACAAACAGGAGAUGUGUAAAUACCUGCGCUUCAUUGUCCAGCGUAUGAAGGAGAGGGCAGUGGACCUGAACAAAAAAGGCAAAGACACUAAACAUCCCAUGUACAGACGACUGAUCCACACUGCACUGGACGUCUCCAACAUCCAAGAGAAUCUGUCUGAAGGAAAGUACAAGACUUUUGAAGAGUUCAAAGCAGACGCUCAGAUGAUUGUUCACAACACUGCCAUACUGUACGGAGUUCACAGCGACCAGGCCGAGAUUGCACAGUUGCUCUUCAGUGACACGUGUCACGAGUUGAAUGAGUUGUUGCUAUGCAAGAACUGUUUCUACCUGUCGAACGCCCGGCCCGACAACUGGUUCUGUUAUCCCUGUAGCCCCAGCCAUGACUUGGUUUGGGCCAAGAUGAAAGGUUUUGGCUACUGGCCAGCCAAAGUCCUGCAGAGAGAGGACAACCAGGUGGACGUACGCUUCUUUGGACAUCAACACCAGAGAGCGUGGAUCCCCUCAGAGAACAUCCAGGACAUCAAGGUGAGCGUGCAGCAGCUGCAGGUGAAGCGCAGCAAUGGUUGGAAAAAAGCGUGUGAGGAGCUGGAGGUGUACCAGAGCUUCCUGAAGGAAGGACGCUUCUGGAAAACGAAGAUGGAGGACGGCAGCCCGCCACACCAACAGAGUCAGCGGCAGCAGCAGGAGGAGGGCAGCGUGAGGACGGACAGGAUGGAGCGGACGGACGAAGCAGAGUCCAGCAUCUCCUCCACCAGCAAUGAGCAGGUCCGCCAUCUCAAAGGCAGCCAGGAGCCCAAGGCGAAGAAAAGCCGUCGGAGUCACACGGUUGAGCCCAAAGAAGAAGUCAGUGACCCGGAGCCGGAGAUGGAGGCCGUCAGCUCCAGCCAGGAGAUCCCGGUGUCGUCAGCACCGCAGCAGCCAGAAAAGCUGUCGGUGUCCACGCAGACCAAGAAGGCCAACGGGGGGUCGCCGCGCACGCUGCAUCGCGGCACGCAGACCAACAGCGAUGGCGCCUGUCAGAACAUGUGCCACGAGAAGUACACCAAGGUCUUCAACGACGUGAAGGAGAUGAUGAAGGCCGACAACAAGAGGGAGACGGAGAGGGUCGUCAGAGAAGCUCUGGAGAAGCUCCGUGCAGAGAUGGAGGAGGAGAAACGCCAGGCGGUGAGUAAGGCGGUGGCUGGAGCUCAGGCGGAGAUGGAGAGGAAAUGUAAGCAGGUGAAGGAGAAGUGCAAAGAGGAGCUGGUGGAGGAGGUGAAGAAGCUGGUGGCUCAACACAAACAGCUCAUCUCCCAGACCAAGAAGAAGCAGUGGUGUUAUAACUGCGAGGAGGAGGCCAUGUACCACUGCUGCUGGAACACCUCGUACUGCUCCAUCAAAUGUCAGCAGGAGCACUGGCACGCCGACCACAAACGAACCUGCCGCAGGAAGAGAUGAAUGAACAAGCCCCGCCCCUACCCGACCUUACACAGCACGCCAUUGGCUCUGUCCUCGCCUCCUCCUGUCAGUCAGUGUCUACAACAAACACAAACACUCUUCUCCCUCCUGCUUCUCGACUUGCCUUCCUGAAAACUUUGUGGACCCGAUGGUUUUUUGUGCGUGCCGAGCGGUUUUGUUUCUAUUAUUUAAUGUACCCAUUGUAUUGAUUUUACUUUCUACGCUUUUAUUUUUUCUGAACAGUGAACAGUUUGUUCAACAGCAUGGCUCGAACGAGUUAUGACCUUGUUUUUUUCCUCUUCUUCUUUUUUUUCUUUUUUUUUUUUACUGAAGUGCUAAUUUUGUGUUGGAGAAUGUGUUAUUUAAGUGUGUAGGAACAGGUGAGCAUUAACUGAAUACAUUUUAUUACCUGACUUUUUAAAAGAAACCUUUUUCUUACUGUAAAUGCAGCAAAGCGCACGCCGUCGAUCCUACAGAACAUUUAAAAAAAGGUACCGUAAGCACCAUCGCAGCAUCAGACUGACUCCGCUUUCAUACAGAAAACCGAUUUUAAAAAGGAAAAAAACAACAAAAAAAACAUUAAAUUGUGGAUUAAAAGGCUCGCUGACUUUAAUGCAAUUUAUUCUUUUCAUAAAUCGAUUGCGGUGGAUAGCACCUUUUACCAUUUUUAUUGAAAAUUUUAUUGUCCUAAAGUCACUUAUUGGGAACAGGGUCAAAAAGUCGGCUUUAAAAGAUGCCGACCAAAAAAAAAAAUCUUCCAUGAGAGAUUUUUAUUGUAAUUAUGCACAUUUUUGGUUUCUUUUUUUGGGGGGACUAGACUGUUUUGUUUUGUUUUUUUUAUGAGUUGGAUGAAACCAGGAAGUUUUGAGUUUGUACUGAAGCCGAGGGGAUGUACAGCAAUCUUUCCUGAGCUGGAUCUUAGAGAGGUUACAUGAUUUGACAGUUUUGUUGUUGGUUUUUUUUAGUUUUUUUUUUGUUUGCACAUUUCAUUUUCUUAACAACCCAAAUGCUUGUAAUAUUGCCAAAAAAAGUCGCACCUUUUGAUGAACCUACCUGAGAACAUCUGGCGGCGACUCCUCUCCUCUCUUCGCCCUCCUGCAGUGUAUUUAAAAGGAAAAAAAAAGAUGUAUAUUUUCCGGAGCGUCAUCUGUGUCAUUUUUCUAGUGACGUACACUCGAGAUUCCUCAUCAUCUUUUUUCCCCCUUUAAUCUGAAGUGACUAGCUAUGAGACUCUUUCACUGCGUAUGCUGUAGUUGGUGGUCGGUGCCCGUUUCUUCUUCUCAUCCUCUCACCCAGUGAGGCCACAUGCAUGUAGAUAGUUUCAUAGUUUUUUUUCAUUCAUUAAGGGAAAACAAGCAGGAAAAAACGACCAGACGUCUGGUCUCCAUAAAGAAGUGAUAAUGGAUGGACCAAUAUAAAAAAUAUGCAAAUAUGAAUGAUCAAACUUUUUCUUUUCCUCCCCCUGUGCUCAGUGUUGAGUGUUGAUGUCUAAUUACGGUGCUUAGAAUCACUUUUAUUUAAAUUCUUUUGAUGGGGCAAUAAAAUUGCCAGUUUUUAAUGGAUUUUUUUUUUUGUUUGUUUGUUUUUUGUUUGACUGUUUCUUCAGUUAUGAAAGAUGAGAGAAACUUGCUUUACCCCAAGUUGCCUUUUUCCUUUAACAUAUGAAAAUAAGACUCCGUGAAUUCUCACAUGGUGGGCAGCCCUGUAGUUUCAGUGCUGUUGGCUGUGAACGAAGCCUCCAUCCUUGUAUGCACUACGUGCUGUGUUUUAGCAGUCGAAUGCUUGAAGAGAUCAGCUUUCUCCAACAGCAACAUGCAAUAUUUGUCCCAAUGAUCACCAGCUAAUCAGGCUGUUACACUUUAUUCUUUUGAUUUUUUUUCAAAUAACAAUAGAACAUUUCUGUAACAUUUUUGUUUGUCUGUUGUUUUUGUUCUUUUUUUAAAGACAAAAAAUAAUUGUGGGGGUUUCCAGCUGUGAGCCACGAAAAGCUACACUAGUAGAAAAUAUAGAGCUGAAUUGAGUUUAACAAGUCCGGUAAUGUGCAGUGAACACACAGACUCUGUUAAAUGGGUUUUACUUAAUCAGGCCCAUUUUGUUCAAAGAAGAAGUGGUUAAAACUUGUUACUGUGCUGGAUGUUUGUCUUCUUUAUGAAACAUCUGAGCGGUGCAAAAACACUGUCAUAGAAUCCUUAUUUAAUGUAGUAAUUGUGACAAAAUGCAACAACACAAACUAAAACGGAGCUUAAAAUAAUCUCUUCACUAUAAAGUGCCUGUUUUGUUUGACCAGUUCACACAAAUACUAAAUAAACUACAUACUUCUUACUUCUGUUACUUAAAAGAAAUUACAAAAACACUUUAACAAAAAGGUAAAUUUAUUCACCAACCCUCAAAAAACCGAUUUGGUAAUCAACAUUUACUUUGUGAUCUGCACACUUCACUGCAUGCUACCAUGUAGGGCGACAUUUUUAUGAGCUCUUACUUUUACCUUGAACAGCUUUUAUUGUGAAAUUGGAGGAAAUGCAUUUCAUUAACAGGAAGUUUGAUGGGUAGGCUGGUGUAGCUCUUACGUUUCCAAACACAGCUAAAGACAUUAAUAAAAUCAAGAUCUCGAAUGUCUGUAGCAACAAUCUCAAAUAUAAAUUUUAAUGAUUU